CUCGUCGUCGGACUUCCUCUCCUCGUCCUCCCCUACCUUCCGUUCCCUUUCUCCCAUUCGCACGCCGCCUCGUGCCCUCCUCCUCCUCCUCCUAGAUCUCGUCGCCCCCGCCAUUUCCCUCCUCCUCUACCGCCGCCCUCCGUGUCGAUACAGACCGCUCGCCGAUCCUCGCGCCGCAAGCUCCGCGUCGGCGUCGGCGUCCUCGCGCCCUCGCAAGGCGGGCUGCCGCGGGGUGGAGAGGAGAGGGGAAGGGAGGAGAUCCGGCUGGGCCGACCUGGAUUGAUUGGGCUCUUCGUUUCUUGGGAUUUUUGUGAAGGUAGGUCCGCCACUGGCGCGGAGGCCGCACAGGCACGGCAGCUUCGGCGAGAUGAAGGGCGGGACCAUCCCAGCCGUCGCUAUCAUGCCGUCGCCGCUCUUCCUCUGGCGGUUUAAGGCUAUAUUGUUUCUCCUAUGGGGUUUAUGCUGUUGCAAGAUAGGUUGGGAUUCAGUUAUGAGAAUGAGUGCUGAUCUGCGAGACUUAUUUCUUUAUGAGGCUUUCUUGUACUAUAAUCCUCUUCUUCUUGUGGCCUUGAUGAUUUGGUUGUGGGGAGUAAAUUUAUGGGUCUUUGCGCAAUCAUCAGUCAAUUAUGCUAAAGUGUUUGAUCUUUCACAAACACACUUAUCUCACCGAGAGAUAUGGAGGUGUGCUAUUUGGCUGACUUUAAUUGUUCCCACAAGCAUGACAGCGUACCUAUAUCUAUACUCACAUGGAGAAGUGUCUCUUGCAGCAUCUCAACCAGUUCUGUUGUAUGCUAUCCUUCUGGUGAUCCUCCUUUCUCCUUUUGAUAUGUUUUACUUAUCAUCACGCUUUUACUUUCUGAGGACAGUGUGGCGUAUAACACUGCCAUUACAAGCAAUUACAUUCCCUGACUUCUUUUUGGCUGAUAUUUUUACAUCCAUGUCAAAGGUGUUCUCAGAUCUGGAGCGUUCAGUUUGUCGCAUGGUGAAUCGGCAGGUUGCGACAAUUGCUUGGUUUGAAGCAGAUUCUAUUUGUGGUAGUCACUCGAUAGCUAUCCCUCUUGCUCUCGUGUUCCCCUACUUGUGCCGUUUCUUCCAAUGUGUACGACAGUACAAGGAUACAAAGGAGAAGACAUGUCUCUUGAAUGCCCUCAAGUACUCAACAGCAGUUCCAGUGAUUUUCCUUUCGGCUCUCAAGUAUCAUGUAUUUCCUGAACAAUGGGUUAACUUUUACCGCCCCCUGUGGCUUAUCUCUAGUCUUAUAAAUUCAUUGUAUUCCUUCUACUGGGAUAUAAAGCGAGAUUGGGAUUUGAGCAUCCUAACCAGGAUUUUCAUGUUCAAAAACCCAAGCAUGUGGACUAAUCUUCUUUAUGGGCAGAACUGGGUUUUCUACUGGGUGCUAGGCAGCAACUUAGUUCUGCGAUGUACAUGGACAUACAAGCUUUCAGCGCAUCUUCGGCACAACUACCUGACAGUGUUUACCAUAGCAGCCUUGGAAAUAGUUAGACGGUGGCAGUGGGUGUUUUUCCGAGUCGAGAAUGAGUGGAACAAGAUGACAUCCAAGCAAAGUUUGGAGAUGUCAUCUGACAUGCCUUCAGAAGGAGACAGGCUGCUGGAUUCUAGUAGUCAUACAGUAUGAACAGCAGAGUGAACAGAAGUCUCAUAUUUUGCGACACCGAUUCAUCAUCAUUCUUUUAGUGUAACCCUUAUAGCCCAUUUUAUGUCAACGGUUCUGAUUGUCUCUAGAGCUCAAAAAGGUCAGGGAUACAUAUGUUUCUAUAAAAGUUGAAAUUGUUGGCGCCACGUAUGUAAUCAUCUUGGGAAUGUAUACCAUUGUAAUCCUCUUGAAUCCGACAGGAGGUAUUUGUUGACACACAAAAGAAUAAUAGUAAUGCCAAAAAUUUAUACCCUUAUUCGGACUA